GGCAGGACCAAUAAGCCUCACCAUGUAUAAAUAUCCCUGGUCCCUAGGGGCUCUGGUAGACUCCAUUGGCUCAUCCUUUGCUAAGUCUGAAAACAAACUGAGCACCAUGAAGCUGUCCCUGUGUCUUCUGUUGGUCAUCCUGGCUGUUCAUUGCUAUGAAGCUAAUGCUGCAAACGUCUGUCCAGCAGUUCUUUCUGUAAGCAAAUCUUUCCUAUUUGACAAGGUGGAGAAAUUUGAGGCCUAUCUUCAGACAUUUAACGCACCUCCAGAGGCUGUUAAAGCAAAAGUGGAAGUGAAGAAAUGUAUAGACAGCACUCUGAACUAUUUAGAGAAAAUGGAAAUGGGAAAAAUACUGGCAGAAGUCGUUGGGUAUUGUAAAGGAACAGAAAACUGAAACAUGGCUCUUCCUGGUCUCCAUUGCUUCUCACAGAUAAACUGACUUUCCUUGCCCAAUGUGAAGGUUUCAACGUCUUGCACUAAUAAAUUACUCUCCUUGCAUGUUA